UUAAACGACGUCAUUAUGCGCCACAAUAAUAUACAUGUGGAAUGGUGGCUAAGUUGAACAGCCUGUGUAGUUGUCCAGUAUUACUUUCUUACUGCUUCGUUGUCGUUGAAUUAUACUGUGACGACCUUUUAUUGGCUAUUAAAUGCGGUCAGUGAGUUUCCUGCAAAACCUCGUCAACCACCUAAAGUCAGCAGCUGGUUGACACAGAAACAUUAGCAAGCAGCUAACUUCCAGCUAUCUGCAUUCUUCACUGAUGGCUGAUGACAGCGUGAAAAGUGAGGCUUCGUCCCAGCAGCAGGACAGUGAAAACGGAGAAAAUAAGUUGAGUGAAAAGACUGUGAGCAGUAACGGAGAAGCUGCAGCAGAAAACCAAACUCUGUCGAAAAGGCAGAGGAAGAAGCUCCUGAAGCAGCAGAAAUGGGAAGAAGAGAGGGAACUACGAAAGCAGAGACGAAAGGAGAGGAAGCAGCAGCGUCGCCUGCAGAGGCAGAAUCAUCAUGAGGAGGAGGGAGGUGAAGCCCAGAGUGCCAGGAAACGUCCACGCAGAGAGGUGACGCCCAGCUCACUGAGGCUGGUGGUGGACUGCAGCUUUGACAGCCUCAUGUUGGUCAAGGAUGUUUGCAAACUUCACAAACAGAUCCAGCGGUGCUAUGCUGAGAACAGACGAGCCCUACAUCCAGUCCAGUUUUAUCUAACAAGCCUCGGAGGACAGCUGAAACAGAGUAUGGAUGCAAAAGACAAAGGAUGGGUGAACUGGAAGGACAUUACCAUCUCAACAGAACACUACAGUGAAGUUGUGACUAAGGAAGAGCUGGUGUACCUGACGUCUGACUCUCCCAAUGUGCUGGAAGAGCUGGACCCAAAAAAGGCCUAUGUGAUAGGAGGCCUGGUGGACCACAACCACCACAAGGGGAUCACCUUUGAGAGAGCGAAGGAGCUGGGGAUUGAUCAUGCCCAGCUUCCUCUAAGCAGCUUUGUCAAGAUGAACAGUCGGAAGGUUCUGGCAGUCAAUCAUGUGUUUGAGAUCAUCCUGGCGUAUCUGGAGAAGGGCAGCUGGCAGGAGGCAUUCUUCACCAUCCUGCCUCAGAGGAAAGGAGCGGUGGCCGUCACCCAGGACGGAACAGCCAUUCAGGAAAAAGAGGAGGAGGAUUCAGACUCGGACUCUGACCCUGACACACCAGACCAAACUGAGAAAAGUGCUUAAAACACCUCCAAACAUAAGUUCGGACAUCUGAUGCUAUGGGACUGAAGAGGACGUGUUUGGAUUUAUUGAUCCUAAGGCUGUUCGAAAGAAUGAUGUUCCUAUUUCUUGAAAAUUUCAUUUUUUUUACUCUAUAUAUUUAUUGAAAGUUUUAAUUUGUGCCUAUUUAAUGGCUCAGAAUUUAGUUGGACUGCUCAUAUAAAUGGGACAUUUCAGUUUUGCUAAAAUUUUUGGCAGAAUAUUCAGUUCAUAUUACAUUCAGGAACAUAAUAAGUAAAACUUUAAUUCUUUUGUUUGGAGCUGAAAGAUAAAGCUCAGAUCUGUGCCAAAUUGAUUUGUUUCAAAGAAAAUAUUUCAAAAAGGAUAAAGGCAACACAUGACCAUGA